CUUGAUGCUCAACAGUGUAAAAUCUAAAUCGUAAAAAUGUAAACAAUAAAAUCUGGUCAUAACAUUGCUUCCUUAGAAUUUAAGAUGGCGAUGAACAAGAGAGGAAACGUGCGCCUGCCGCCAGAGGUCAACAGAAUUUUGUAUGUCAAGAAUCUUCCCUAUAAGAUUUCUGGGGAGGAGAUGUAUGACAUAUUUGGCAAGUAUGGAGCCAUCCGACAGAUUCGCGUAGGGAAUACCCCGGAGACAAAAGGCACAGCGUUUGUUGUUUAUGAAGAUAUAUUUGAUGCAAAGAAUGCUUGUGAUCAUCUUUCUGGUUUCAAUGUCUGUAACAGAUACCUUGUAGUGCUCUACUAUCAGUCCACAAGAGCUUUCAAGAAAACAGACACAGACAAGAAGAAAGAAGAGUUAAAUCAGAUGAAGUCAAAGUAUGGUCUGUCCACACCAGAAAACAAAUAGUUCCGUUUUUUAUUUUCUUGUGUUCAUCUGUAAAUAGCUCAUUGUUAUUUUACUGGCAUCUAUUUGUGUUAGUCCAACAAAGCGCUUGGUUAUGAGAUAUGUCCGUGUCAUUUGUCAUUAAUAUACAUGCUGUCAUUAAAAUGUUAUUUUCAUCUCA